CACUGAUCUGCAACAUGGAUAAAUAUGACGACCUGGGCCUGGAGGCCUGUAAGUUCAUCGAGGACCUGAACAUGUAUGAGGCCUCCAAGGAUGGACUCUUCCGUGUGGACAAAGGUGCCGGCAACAACCCUGAAUUUGAGGAAACUAGAAGGGUGUUCGCGACCAAGAUGGCCAAAAUCCACCUCCAGCAGCAGCAGCAGCAGCAGCAGCAGCAGCAGCAGCAGCAGCAGCAGCAGCAGCAGCAGCAGCUCUUACAGGAGGAGGCCCUGUCUAGGGCGGGCAGAAGCCCUGUCAACGGCGGGAGCCGUCAGGGUGUGAGCAGCAAGCUGGCCGCAGAUGGUGCCGCCAAGCCCCCUCUGGCUGCACCAACAGUGGCACCUGGAUUAGCUACCGCCGCUGUGGCUGUGCAGCCCUCAUACCCAUCUCAGGAGCAGAGGACCAGGCCAUCUGCCCAUGGUGCAAGGCCUGGCGGUCAGAACUGUGGUUCCAGGGAGGGGGCUGUGAGUUCCCAGAGGCCUGCUUUACACGGUCUGGGUCCCUGUGAAGACCCUUCCUGCCUCACUCAUGGAGACUAUUAUGACAAUUUCUCUUUGGCAAACCCACAGUGGGGUGAUAAAUCAGAAGUGUCCCCCAGCAUGAAUCUGAGUAUAAAGAGUGGGUGGCCAGGUUGCCCAGGGAAUGAUUCCCCAUUGCCCAGAUCCUGCGGGGACCAUCACCCUUACCAGCCACAGCUCCCCAUGUGCUCUGGCAGGUCUUUUGAGAGUGGCAUCAGUGGCCAGGAUGGUGGCAUCAGUGGUCAUAGCAAUGUGAAGCCAACGGGCCUUUGGUCUACUGCUUCCUCUCAGCGAGUUAAUCUCGGCUUUUCUUCUCCGGGCUUGGAGAAUGGGGCCCCAGCUCAACCCAGGAGCACAACUGUUUGGGCACCUCUGGUCGCUACCAGCGCUAGCCAAGGAGCUUGUCUGAGAAGAGAUUCAGGUCUGGGAUGUGAGGCUUCAGGCAGAGUCUUCAAACCUACUGUGGACGCUCAGCCUUGGUUCCAGGAUGGGCCCAAGUCUUACCUCUCUGUUUCUGCUCCAUUAUCCUCAACAACUGGCAAGGACAGUACCCAGCCAGGUAUGACCCCUGGGCUGGGUCCUAAGCCUGGAUGCAUGGACUCUGGCACUGGUCCCCAGCCCAGCCCCACCAGCCUUGUCCAUCCGGUGAUGUCCACCUCAUCUGAGUUAUCUUGUAAAGAGAGUCCUCCUAGCUGGUCCACCGACAGCAGCCUGGGACCUGUGCUCUCAGAAAGCCCCACCCCCACCAAGGUGAGGUUGCCUUGCCAGACCCUCACACCAGGCCCUGAGCUUGGACCCUCCACUGCGGAACUGAAAUUAGAAGCCCUUACCCAGCGUCUGGAGCAAGAGAUGGACGCUCAUCCCAAAGCUGAUUACUUCGGAGCCUGUGUGAAAUGCAGCAAAGGGGUGUUUGGAGCCGGCCAGGCCUGUCAGGCCAUGGGGGACCUCUACCAUGAUGCAUGCUUCACCUGUGCAGCCUGCAGCAGGAAGUUAAGAGGAAAAGCCUUCUAUUUUGUCAAUGGCAAAGUAUUCUGUGAGGAAGACUUUUUGUACUCUGGCUUUCAGCAGUCUGCCGACAGGUGUUUUCUUUGUGGACAUCUGAUCAUGGACAUGAUCCUACAGGCCCUGGGGAAGUCCUAUCACCCUGGCUGUUUCCGCUGUGUCAUCUGUAAUGAAUGUCUGGAUGGAGUGCCUUUCACUGUGGACUCAGAGAACAAGAUCUACUGUGUCCGAGAUUACCACAAGGUGCUGGCCCCAAAGUGUGCAGCCUGUGGGCUUCCCAUCCUUCCACCAGAGGGCUCAGAUGAGACCAUCCGUGUUGUGUCCAUGGACAGAGACUACCAUGUGGAAUGCUACCACUGUGAGGACUGUGGCCUAGAGCUCAAUGAUGAGGAUGGUCACCGUUGCUACCCACUGGAAGACCACCUGUUCUGUCACUCCUGCCAUGUCAAGAGGCUGGAGAAAGGACCCUCACCUGCAGCCCUCCACCAGCACCACUUCUAACCAGAGACACAGUGGGGAGGCAGGGCCAGGGCUGCCCAGGGAGGUGUCUGUGGGGUACUUUUGGGGGUCCCCAGAAGAGGAGGGGCAGGAGGUCAAGUUCCUGCUUGUGUGUGAAGGGUACCUUUCUUUUAACCAUAGCAGUGUGCACUCCCCAUCAAGUCCAUGUAUUUUCCAAGUGCUUUUCCCCAUUGCCAUACCCUCACCAAACCACUCAGGAAGAUGCUCUAACUUUGCACAUGGCACAUGACACAAGGUUGGGCCUGUGUAACUGGACACAUCCUACUCCCUGAAAAUAGUCCAUGUUUCAUGGGGACAGAUUUUCAGAUUGUGUUAAGCACAUUUCACAAUGUUCCUAAAGAGAAGCAGUGAUUGAGAUGAGCGGCACUUCCCUCCUCUAGGAAAAUACCUGCACCCAGAUAACCCUCACACACCCUGUGGUGCGAUUUACAGUUCUUUCCAGAUUUACUUUAGUUCUUCUGAGAAUGCGGCAAACUCUAACUGCAUCACGACAAGAAAGAAGUAUUGCAUAUGCUUUGUAUCCUUGGAGUUUGCUUGGUAAAACAGAGCCAAGCUUUGACAUCUGGGAGGCUGGGUCUCCUGUUGUGCCUCUGCCUUUCCUCCCAUUCCUAAGGCAGCUGAGCUGUGGCAGAGGCCUGUCCUGUCCUACACAGCCAGCUUUGAGAGAACUGGUGCAGGCACCAGGCUUCUUGUCCACUGCUUGGUGGUGUUUUUUCUUUGCUUCCUCUAGUCUGUGAUGAUGGAGUUGCUUCCUUAAGGUGAGUCUGAGGAUCUCAAGUGCUCACACCCCUGACACCUCUUUCUGAUUAUUUGCUCAUGGGCUUGAAUCUCAAUCCAUAUCCUGGGAGAGAGCUCCUUUUGAAAGGAGAGUUUUGUGUGUGUGUGUGUGUGUGUGAGAGAGAGAGGAUGUUACUGAGUUUGUUUCAGAGGUUAUCUCUCCUGCCCACUUCUCAGCACAUUCAUUCGGUUUGAAGAAACCAAUAUAAGGUACACUGCUUUUGACUUUUUUUUCUUCAUUAUUUCUCUCCACUUUUUUUCCACAGACAAAACAUACCUCACAGAUAAUUUUCACUAAAUCACAGAUCAAGGAGGAAUUAGCCCUUCAUAUUGGAGACUGUUGGUGUAUUGCAGUGGCUAAUUUCCACUUUUGAUUACAGUUAAGCAGUAUAGUUGCAAAGCAAGGUAAUCAGAGACUAGAUGCACCUGAAAUCAGCCCUCUGGCCCCAUGUGCAUCUGCAUGCUGGCUCCUGGGGUAGCUGGGCUGAGGGAGUCCACAUGCUGACAAAAUGUUACGACCACUUCUGAGCUGGGUAGUGGGCACCUGUCCUUAUAACAUUUGGGAGACAGAAGUUUGUGAAGUAGGAGUUUAAGGCUGUCCUCAACUAUAUGAGGUCCUGGCUCCACUCAAAAAAAUUUAAAAGAGAUAAAAUAAAAAUUCACCCAGCACUAAAGAACAUAAUUAACUCUGCCUAACACUUCCUGAGGUCAGAGGUCAGUGUCUCCUUGGUAGUUCAAAUGGGAGAAACUGGAAAAACAAAAACAAAAUGGCUUUCCAGUUGCCCUCUUAUCUUCAGGGAGUGCCCCAGGAUUUGUGGCAGGAAGGCUGCAGUAUCUCACUUCUGCCAGUCAGGCUGGGCACCCCGCAGCUGGCUUGGGUGAUAAAGCAUGGUCAGUGGAGCCCCACCACAUGUGAAUGUGGACUCUUGACUGGGUCCCAGCUCUACCUGUAGGCCAGCUAUUUCAAUCCUGCUGGCCCCCUUUGCCUGUGAGAAGUUCAGAACUGGGACUGGGGAUCAAGACCAUCUUUUUCAUUUUUAUAAGGUUCAUUCUGUUGGGAUCCUUUGACCAGAUGUUACUUGUUUACUGUCCUAGACAGAGCCCCCUUAAAAACAACAACAGCAGCAGCAACAACAACAACAAAACAACUAUGAAUAUACUGGGUUAUGGAGAUAAACUCUAAAGCCAGGCCUCUUUCUUCCCUUCAAGUUAUCUAGCUUGCCUUUGGCAAGGCUGACAGGGAAAGGAAAUGAACCAGUAAGUCUUUGCCGUCCUUGAGGUGCUGGUCUAGUUGACAUACUUUACUCCAAUUUUGAGUCAAGAUGAUUAAGAAAAUUGCAUUGGAAUCAAUGUUUGAAGUAGAGGGCAUUUGCUUGCAAAUUGAAUAACUAGUUUAAAACUCUGAUUAAUUUUUUAAAUGAAAUUCCUGAUUGAGGUGAUUCAGAUGUGUUUGCAAAUAAAUUUUAUAUUACUGAAAAAGAACAAUAAAGGAAUUUGCAGACUUCCUAGAA